AUGAACUGCUUCCGGACUGUCGACCGCCCACGAAAUUCCAUCCGAGCAAGAUUCACCAACGAGGAACGAGAGAGAGUCCUGGGAGUGAGACGGCAGGGUGCCUGUUUGAGGUGUCGGAUGCUCAAGAUCCAGUGCUCGCUCGACAACCCUUGUCAGCCGUGUCUUCAGUCAGCCGUGAGAGGGUCCGAGAGAAAGGUAUUAUCCUUCUGCUACUGCGUGCGGACCCGGUUCGCCGACGUCAACAUCUUUGAUACGGCCUCCUUGCCCACUGGCGACUUCCCCACCGCCAUGCAGGCCGAAACGCUCAUGCUCGCCAUGAGCCGCCUGCUCACCAGGAUCGCCACACCCGCUCAUUUCUCCUUCACCUCGAACCCGGCGGCGUUCAACAGUACCAUGGUCUCAUGGCUCACUGACCCAGACUUCCACCUCCCCAAUGGGAGCAUUGUGGGCCUGUGCUGCUCUAGCCUGCUCGGUUUGCAGUUCCAGGAAGAUCCGGCCGCAGGCACGGACGGCUUGAUGGCUGAUUUCCGCCACUUUCUGCUCGCUACAUCACUAGCCCACGCUGGCUGGCGCGACAACAGCAGCCCCGAGCCAAUCAGGUCCCGAGAGCUUUGCGCGGCAGGUCAUAUAUCUGGUUACCGCUUACUCAAACGACUAGAUCGGAUCCUCACCCCACAGUUCCUAUCUCGGUGCGGCCGUGAGUCGUGCCAGGUGCUGUUCCUCCUCGUCCUCGGGGCCGUUCUCGGCGUGGGAUACUCGUCCUCUCGGCUGGAAACCACCUCGCCCGAGUUCCCAUCCGCAGAGUUGCUGAGCCCCGAGUUCCAGCGCAGCCCCACGCUGUGGCUAGCGAUGAAGGAGCAUUUGUGCCAGAUGCUCGCCCAUCAUUUGAUUUUUAUUGGGUCCAUGUUGGGGAUCAAGCUCGAAACAGGGGUGGAGCAGAUGAUUAUCGACACGGCGGCGAACCGGUGGAACAAGGCCGAAGCCUUUGUCUGGGCGGAUAUGGUGGGCUACAAGCCUGACGAGGAAAACUCGCAGCAAGAACCCUUGCCGACGGUUUCGAACGACCAAGAGAAUCAAAGUAUGGAGGAUGAAUCGAUGCCUAUUGAUCAAAACUCCAAGUCAUCCAUCUCAUCCCCGGUCCGGUCACCACAACUUCCAGAGCCACCGAAACUGGUCCCCAUUCCCGUGUCAGAUGCACCGCAAUUCCAACAACGGCCGGUUGAGGCGUGGGCUGAAAACCCGCAGUCCUACCUUUCCAUGUUCGAUGAACCGAGCAACUACGUCCCGCAUUCCAGCGGAGGUGCGCAGGCUACGCCGAGGGGUAUGCCCUCGCCGACCCCCGAAGCGUCGCAACCGCCAGAGAGAAAACGCCGGUCGAUGUGGAUUGUGCGGCCAUAUGAUGCCGGCCCCGAACGUGGGUUAGUCAAUGUCCGCGCGCGGCUAUACGCGGAUCGGAAUAUGGAGAGUCUGCGGGCCUUUGUAUGA